AGUCAUCUGAUUGGCUGAAGGACAUAUAGUUAUUUCAGUGGAGAGAAAGAGAGAAAAAAGGGCCAUCAAGCAGAUAUUCGGAUAAUAGACUUUGUGCGUGUUAUCAUUAAAUAGAUCCAAUGCAAAAAUGAAUUUUGCUAUCUCCUUGAUAGUGUCCCUUUUGAUAUCACACUCAUUUUCUUCUAGUUCAUCGGUAGCUGACUUUAUCAGAUACAGGCAAGAUAAAGAUUGAUCUCUUUUUCUUUGUUUUUUAUGCUUUUUGAUCAUCGAGAAGAACUUGAGCCUUUAGUAACAAAACGAAAGGACAACUGGAGAUGGCUCAUUUUGCUGUCUUUUUCGUUCUUUUCGUUUUCAAGUGCCUUAAUGUGGAUCACAUUUGCACCAUGUCUCUAUAUAUUUACUCAGUAUUACUUCCAAGUCACUAAUACAUACACCACAAAUGCCAUCAAUUUCUUGUCUUCAAUAUACAUGCUCAUUUACCCUUUUGCCAUUCAAUUCACUUUCAAGUAUUUUGAAGAUCCAAUACCUAAUCAUAAACCAGGAAGUGGACUUCGACGUGGUAUUCUUAUUGGAGCUAUUUUAAAUGCAUUGGCUGGUUGUAUACGAUGGCUAGGUGCGGUACCUUCGCUCUAUGGGUUCAUUAUAUUAUUUAUAGGACAGACAAUAGCUGCUGUUGCACAAGUAUUUAUGCUUGCUAUACCUCCUCAGCUGGCUGUCGCAUGGUUUCCUGAAGAUGAAGUCAACAUUGCUACUUCAAUAGCUGUUUCAGCUAAUAACUUAGGUAUUGGCGUAGGAUGUGCCUUGACACCGAUAAUCGUGAAGCAAUCCACUAGCAAAGUAGACAUACCAAAUUUACUCUUUAUUCAGUGUAUCAUGUGUCUAAUAGUUCUCUUCUUGAUCUGGAUCUCAUUUGAACGACAGCCACCUUAUUGGCGAAGUAUGAUGAUCGGUAUGAAUUCUACCGAACAAGCUAUUAAACUAUGGAAACAAAAGGAUUUUAUCUACAUGCUAGGUGCUUAUAGUAUCAUCAUGGGAGGACAAUGUGCAAUCAUCACUUUGCUCGCACAGAUACUCAUUCCACCCUUUCAUCUCCAAAUGAAUGAGAAAUAUGUCGGCAUUUUAGGCGCUGUCAUGCUCUUUGGUGGAUCUUUCGCAAGUAUUUCUACGGGCUAUUAUCUUGACAAGACAUUAAAGUAUAGGAAAUCAUGUACACUAUUAGCACUCUUGUCUGCAUUUACAAUAUUAGGACUGUACAUUGCAACCGAAGUACAAUCCUUAGUUGGCGUUGUGAUAACAUGCAUUGGUUUUGGUAUAGCUUCUUAUGCCAUUGCACCUGCUAUUUUUCAAUUUGCCAGUGAGCUAUUUUAUCCAAUCAGCGAGAUUAUACCUACAGGCUAUCUAUUUACAGGAGGGAAUAUCGGAGGCGUCCUUUUGGUCGCACUGAUGGGUUGGAGUGAAAAUCCUGCAGAUAGGUUCUCUAUGCGAUUGCCCAUUGUUUGCUUAACACUAGCCAUGUUUGCAAGUGUUUUCAUGAUGCUUCAAGUCAAAGGAACUCUUAAGCGAACAAGUCAAAUACAUUAAUACCCCUCACACAUAAUAAAUAUUUAUUUGAUUUCACAUUCAUAUACAUCAAUCGUUUGGUUCAAUAAUCCCAGUAUAAGUUCGUCUUUUCCAUCCGCAUUCACGUCCCCCAGAGUUACUGCAAGUGGCCAGUCUAGUGUUUGUAUGGUUGAUAUUUUCUAAUUACAGUCUUAUGAGUUCAAAAAGGUAUAUUCAAUGCCUUUCUUUACCUCUCCAUUUUGGAAAACAAGUACUUGAUUCGAAUGGCCUGUACAUAUUAAAAGAUCUACUUCAUACUCCUUGAGAUCUGAUGGUCUCCAUCUUUGAAUGUUUGUAAUAGGAAAGUCAACCUUUAUCCAAGGGUAUAUCUACAAAC